AUGUAUAGAUAUUUGGAACCAAACAUGGGCUUGUCACUCGUAACAGGUAAAUUUACGAGGAGGAAAAAAGCUAAAGCAAGUACAAAAUAAAAAGAAUCAUUUAUUAGUUACCAGUUCGUCCAGCCUCCAUUGUCUUUCUCCACCAUUUCCUCAAAACCCCAUAUCUCUCUCUCAUCUCUCUUUCUCUCUACUCAAUGUAUAAUAAUAACCAAUAUAGCUUCUCCGGUGACGAAGACUCCGUCGUCCUCAGACUUGGACCUCCUGGCCAACCAUACCCUAGCCAUAUCAAACCCACCAGUACUAAACCUUCUUCUGAUCAUGAGUUUAAUCACCCAUUAACAAACCCUAAUGGCGUCACCGUUGCUCUUCAUAUCGGUCCUCCGAGUUCCGACAAAGAAACCCUUACCGGCGGGAACAACCAAGAGGGUUUAACGGCGAGGCAGGGACAGUAUUGGAUCCCUUCGCUUUCUCAGAUCCUUGUUGGUCCCACUCAGUUCUCUUGUUCUGUCUGUAACAAAACUUUUAACCGCUUCAACAACAUGCAGAUGCAUAUGUGGGGUCAUGGUUCGCAAUACCGAAAAGGUCCAGAAUCGCUCCGCGGGACGAAAUCGUCAUCUUCGAUACUAAGGCUGCCAUGUUACUGUUGUGCUGAAGGUUGUAAGAACAACAUAGACCAUCCAAGAUCAAAGCCUCUCAAAGACUUUAGAACGCUCCAAACGCAUUACAAGCGGAAGCACGGAGCAAAACCUUUUCGUUGCCGCAAGAAGUGUGAAAAAACGUUUGCGGUGAGAGGCGAUUGGAGAACGCAUGAGAAAAAUUGUGGGAAGUUGUGGUUUUGCGUUUGUGGGUCAGAUUUUAAGCAUAAGAGGUCACUUAAGGAUCACGUUAAGGCUUUCGGUGAUGGUCAUGCGGCUCACACUGUGGGUGAUCGUGUUGUAGCCAUUGGAGACGCAGAUGAAGAUGAUGAGGAGGAGGAAGAAGAGGAAGAAGAUGAUGAUGAUGAAGAAGAAGAUGCUCACGAAGAAAAUGUUCGUGGAGAGAAGAACUAUGGGAUUAGAUAUGAUCACUUUCGUCGUUAUGGUCAGAUUUCUGAUGACAAUUACUAACUAAAUGGGUCAUAUUUAUGAUCGAUGGCCGGGUGUUAUUAGGGUUUAUGUAAGUGAGGCAGCUUGAUAUGUAUGUAUUUACCUCUUCGUCACGUUAGCUAGUGAAUGUAAGAGCAACCUUUUUUAUUAUGAGUUCCGAAAAUAUAUGUAGUGGUGGCUUUGGAUUAUGUAAGUGCUUCUAAUGUUGUCUCCAACAAACAAUUUCUGCAUUUCUGGUAAAUCUUCUGACCC